UUUGAUACGGAGUAAUAUUAGAGGUUGAGCUCUUUUUUUAAUUUUAAAAAAAGGUUCCUGGGGGCAAUGGAGCAGACAAAUCCCGAUGUCAAUCAAUAGCUCCAUCUCCUAUCACGGAGAUUCGAUUCUAGAUUGAUUUAGUACUUCUACCAUCUCUUUUUCUAGUCUACUAUAGAUUCAUCCUAUACUGCUACAAGAUGUGCUCAAUAUCUCUCUCCUUUCUCCUCACUAUAUGUAUUUUGCUCCUGCACUCUGUAUUCCUGUAUGGUAACCAGCGCGCUUAUUGGGCGCGGAAUGUCGUCUGCAGCAGCCUUGGCGACCGAACCGUGGUGUCGGGACGCUCAGACCAAUAAGAUCGCGGCUCUGACGCUGGUAUUCAGCAGUAUUGCCAACUCAUGCAGAUACAUGAUACAUCUGUAUCGUAUGUGUUAUACGUAGUAUGGCGUAUAUCCUCUGGAUAAAUUCUAC